CUAAAUUUGCUAAUUAACAUGUCGACUAAUGAUGACAGUACACCUUUUGAACGUGAAAGGGAGCCUCUGCUACAACCAGAAACACCUCCUCCGUCCUAUCACUCACUGAACUGCGGGGGAAAACCGCCUCCAACCUACCAACAGAGCCACAGACCAAAAAAUAAUUACAUUGGCCCUCCUCCUAUAAGAGGUCCCAGUUCACAUCAAACUCUAGUCGCUAUUGUCUACUUCUGUUGUUUCCUCUCCCCCACUACAUGGCUGGCUCUUUAUUAUUCUGCAAGAGUACAGGAAAACAAUGAAAACGGUAACGUCCUAGCAGCAAGCAAGGCAUCAAGGAAGACCUGCCUUUGGUCUAGUAUUACGCUAGUCAUAGGCUGGAUAAUAUUUCUAUUCAUCGUUGCUGUAGGAACAUUUGUCUUGACUUGUUACAAGCUGCAUAAAACGUGUGAAUUAUUCAAAAGUUUUUGAUUCAUCUCGAAACCACAAUGUACAUAAUAUAUUAUCUGCAUUAUCUCUUCUAUAUCAGUUUUUGUACUAUUAUUUUUACUACAUCAAAUACUUUUAAAUUAUUUUCAAUGUAUUUUAUUUUUGCUCAUUCAAAA